AUGAAAUCAAAGAAUUUAGUGAAUAAGGUGUCUCCCUCAACCUAUGAAGCGGACUUAGAUAAACAAUUGAAAAUGUAUAAAUUGAAAAAAGAUACAUUAAUUAAAGUAACCAAAUAUAUUAAAGAAAAAGAUCAACUUCAAGAAUCUAUUUCAUAUUGGAGAAAUGUUGCUCAAAAGGCAUUAAAUUACUUGUAUAAUGAACAAUCAGUUCAAUUUGCAAAAAUUGGUGGGUUUAAAAAUUGGCAUUUACAACAAUGGGAAUCUAAACAAAGAGCACUUGAAUUACAACAAGAUGAAAUGAUUAUGAACCUUCAAGACACGUUAGAUAGUGCUACUGACGAUGCAAAGGAAUCAUUUAUUGAACAAUUACAAGAAUCUGGUUUUAACAUUGAAGAUGGUGAAAUAAUCAACAACUAUGAAGAACAAACACCACCCAAUUUUAAUGAUGAAUUUUCAAUUCAAGAAUUAUGUAAAAUUUUAAAUAUUGAUUAUAAUUUAAUUUACUCAAUUUAA